GUUGGCAAUUGAGCACGUUUUCCCGCGCUUCAGCUGAUUAGUGUUCACAGUUGUGUUUUGUGUUAUUUUGUAAUGGAUUUGGAAUUGGAAGAUUUAGAAAACACGAUUCAGGACGACGACGAUGACAACGUGCAAUUAACUUCAGCCGAGUUAAUCGAAAUGAUGGAGGAAGUGUGGGUUAAUGAGAAAUUCGCACCUGAGAUCCUCCCUCAUAAACAAGAAGUUGUCGAUUGCGUGCUGGGACAAAUAUCAUACAUGGAAAAAAAUUUAGAGACUUUACCAUCCACCGACUUUAAAAAAGGAAUUCAUCAAUUGGAAGUCGAUAGGAUUCGUUUUUUGGUGGCGAGUUACCUUCGUCACAGAUUGGAAAAAAUCGAAACUUAUGUUUUGCAUAUUUUAAAAGAAGAGGAACAGAGGGGCGAGAGAGAAGAAGAGUUGUAUUUAACGGAAGCCGAACAACAAUUUGCGAUUAAAUACAAACAAGACUUAGAACAGCAUUUCGAAAAUGCGACUAAUUUUUACCCGGGCUUGCCAUUCGAAGACUGGAAAAGUCACAUAGUUGCGCCAAAUAUGAACAGUUUUGUGUUUUUGAAAGCUAAAACUGCCGUAGAAGGGGUUGUUAUAGACCCAAGCCGUGACGAUGAUGAAGUCGCUGAUUUAACUGUGGGUUCGCAAAUGAUACUGUCAUAUAACAGCGUGACUGAUUUGGUGAAAAAAGGAGACGUCCAAUUGAUAUAAAAUAUAUGUAAUAUAUUUGAUAAAAAUCAACAAAAAACUCAAAAUAAAUACACUGUUAGAAUCUCAA